AUGGUAGAUAGGAAGGUAUGGAAUGAAGAAUUUGGGAAUGAAAUCCUCAUCCAUUCACAAGUCAGCCACAGGAACAUCGUUAGGCUCAUAGGCUGUUCCCUAGAGAUGGAUACUCGCAUGCUAGUGUACGAGUUGCUCCCCAGAAGAAGCCUUCAUGACAUUCUUCACAACGGCAGCAUGAUGUCUCCCAACUUGGAUGUGCGUCUAAAUAUCGUCGCAGAAUCAGCACAAGGUUUGGCUUAUCUGCACUCACAAGCUCGUACCAAAAUCCGACAUGGCAAUGUUAAACCUGCAUGUAUCCUCUUGGAUGAUGACUUUACACCAAAGAUCUCAGACUUUGGCCUAUCAAGGUUGAUCGUGAGAGAUAAGGAACACACUUCUGUCGUCAUCGGUGACAUGGCCUAUAUGGAUCCAUUGUAUAUGCAAACAGGCCUACUGACCUUGAAGAGUGAUGUCUACAGUUUUGGAGUUGUGAUAUUGGAGAUCAUUAGCGGGAAGAAGCCCCGUCAUUCUGAUAGGAAAAGCCUAGUGAGGAGUUCCAUUGAAGUUCACAAAGAAGGGAAGAAAGCAACCGAUCUGUUGGACAAGGAAAUUGCGGUAACAACAGGAGAUCUGGAGCUUCUUGACUCUCUUGCAGGGAUUGCUGUGGAAUGUACUAACCUUGAUGUGGAUCAAAGGCCAACGAUGAUAGAUGUUGCAGAGCGCCUUCUCACACUGAAUCGAUCUCGUAGGUCAAAAGUUAUUUGCCAAUAA